UUUAAGAAGACUUUGGGGUUGUGGGGGGUUGUGACAGCUGUCUGGCCAUGAGUAGGGCAGACCCUUGGCUCAGGACGGUGUGAUUAUGGACGCGAUGCUCACACCAGCACCAGUCAUGAGCAGAGAUGUCAACUGCACAGACCAUCUACUAGCACCGGGGGUCCCCUCCAUAACUUUUGCAUGGGGACUGUGGGCUGUCUUAGGGCUUGUGACAGUGCUGUUUCUCAUUUCACUGGCUGCACUCUUGUCCCAGUGGACCUCUCGUCGGAGCAAGAGCCAGGAGGGAGAGGGACGCUCUGGAGGGUCCGUGGAAGAAAUUCCCCUGUAUGGGAACCUGCACUAUUUACAGACAGGACGGCUGUCUCAAGAGCCAAGGCCAGAAGAGGAGGACCCAUCCUCUGGAGGCCCUGCCAGGGUGAGUCAGCUGGCUGAAGAAAAUGGGAGGGAAGAAAACGGGGACCGUUCCCGAGGGUCCAGAGAACGUCCAACAGCCUCGCAUAUUCAGGCUACAGAGGAGGUGAUGUGCUACACUAGCCUGCAGCUGCGACCUGCUCAAGGUCGGAUCCCCAGCUCUGGGACCCCCAUCAAGUACAGUGAGGUGGUGCUGGACUCUGAGCCAAAGCCCCAGGCCCCAGGCCCUGAGCCGGAACUCUAUGCCUCGGUGUGCGCCCAGACACGCAGAGCCCGGGCUUCCUUCCCAGAUCAGGCCUAUGCCAACAGCCAGCCUGCGUCCAGCUGAGGAGGACCUGGAACUGUGGACAACCAUGGCUCAGCUAAUGGUCAGGGACUCCUGCUGCCCUGGCUAGUGCAUGACUCUUCCCUACUGUUCCCAGGAUACCGAGCCAUUGUUUAGUGACUGGUGACCUAUCCUGAACUUCCUACGUUGCAAGGCAUCCCUCUCAGAGUAAGAAGGUUCCUGGCUUCCUGAGGAUGGAGUUGCAAAGGCAGACCCCUCCUCUCCACACACACACACACACACCUUUUCUGUGUGUUUCUGUAAGCCCCCAAACUCCCUGCUUCACACCUUUUCCUCCUUCCGGAGUUUAACCCGGUUCUCCAUCUCCCCUUCUGAGCUUAUCAGAUACCCCAUCAUCUCCUCAGACACAGGAAGUGGGCAGGGAGGAGGAAGUAAGAGCCAGAGAGGAUGUGGGUGGGUAUCAUGCAUGGGAGCACACAGGUGAAAGGCUCCUGGGGGUCUCAAGCCUGGUAUCUGGCCUGAAAACCCCGGACAAAGAAUGGGUUCCACAUUGCUGUCUUUGGUGUCCCCUGGUUUUCAAAUAAAACAUCUCAAAAGCGUU